ACGCAAGACAGUCUCAAUUUGUCCAGAGUAUAUAUAAGUGUCUGAUGAGCAUUUGAUUCUUCAGUUUUCAUCUAGAUUCAGUGAAGUUUUUACAAAAUUCCUUCUUGCUUAUCGUAAUAUCAAUAUCGGAAAGGAAUAAACAAGUGUCGUAUUUAACGAGAGCAUAUAUAGUGAUUUUUGAAUAUCAAAUAACAAAGUACCGCGAUGAUGGACUCUGUUUUUUUAACACGUUCGCUCGGUACACCAGCGGAGGGUGUAAGAGAUCAAUAUGCCGAUGGAAAAGCUGCAAAAGUAUGGGAGGUUUUCAUCGGCGAUAAAAAUCAAAGGACACAAAAUUAUCGUGACUUUUUGGUGGGUCUCCUUAAGAAAAAAGGUUGCCAUAGAAUCUUAGAUGUUGCCUGUGGUACAGGCGUGGAUUCGGUGAUGCUCCUUGAAGAAGGCUUCGAGGUCGUCAGCGUUGAUGCUUCCGAUAAAAUGCUCAAGUAUGCUCUCAAGUCCAGAUGGGAGAGAAGAAAGGAACCGGCUUUUGAUAAUUGGGUCAUCGAAGAAGCAAAUUGGUUGACAUUAUCGAAGGAUAUCAGUCAUCUGAUCGGUGAUGGUUUUGAUGCUGUUAUUUGCCUUGGAAAUAGUUUUGCACAUAUGCCUGACUCCUUUGGCGAUCAAAGAGAGCAAAAACAAGCCUUCGCUAACUUUGAACGUUGUGUCAAACCAGGCGGAUUGUUUUUGAUCGAUCACAGAAAUUACGAUUAUAUUAUACAAACGGGAAACACACCGCCAAAAUGUAUAUACUAUAACAGUCGACAUAUGACUAAUAUAAAAACGUCAGUACUAUUCAUAUCAGGCAAACCAGCAAUCGUGACUUUGGAUUAUAUGAUCACUAUCGAUGAAAAAACAAACAAAAACAAAUCGGAAAACGUUAAUGAAUUUAGGUUAUCAUAUUAUCCUCACAGAUUGAACGUUUUUAGCGAUAUGCUUGCAGAAGCAUUUAGAUUUAAAGCAAAACAUACGAUAUACGCUGAUUUUAAGCCAAUGGAUAUGGUAAAGAAUCCUGGAUUUUAUAUUCACGUGCUAGAAAAAUAUUAGUUAAUUAAUUGAUCUCUUUAAGAGAUUCACGAAAGGAAAGGAAUUUCACGUCGAUGUGUAUUUUUCUAAUACUUUUUCGACGAUUCGCAGCAUACGCCGUAUUGCGAGAGAUGGAAUUUUUAUUAUAGGAGUUUACAACGAUCUCUUAAGAUACAUACGUAAUUAAAGAUUAACGUAUGCGAGUUAUUCUCUUUUUUUCUUUUAACCGAUUAAGAAAUAAAAAGAAAAUUGUAACUCGAAGAGUUCAAGGGGAAAAAAGAAAAAAAAAAGAAAAAUAGUCUAGAACGAUACCACCCAUAAAAUUAUGUUACAUUAUACUACACGCUAAAGAAAAACUUCAUAUGAUCGUCGAGAUGUUAUUAUUCAUUAUCAUUGUGAUGAUAAUAUAACAUAUACUUACUAUAUAUUUACGGAGAUGCGUGGUGGGUGUACGACGAAUAAAAUACUUGUUAUCAA